AUGAGUUCUGGGGGAGACGCGAAGUUGUUCGCCAGGGGGAAGGUCGCGGAGCUGCGGCUGGAGCUCAAUAGUGGCGGCAAGAAGGACAAAAACUACUCCGCCAAAAAGAUCGCCCUCAAGAAGAUUGUCGCCAACAUGACUAUGAGCAACAACGAUAUGGUGGCCUUGUUCCCGGACGUUAUCGGCUGUAUGAAUCUGCCCAGCUUGGAGAUCAAGAAGAUGUGCUUCUUGUUCCUGGUCAACUAUUCGAGAAUGAAGCCGGAGGUCGCAUUGAAGGCACUGCCGAUUUUGGUUGAUGAUAUGGCCGAUAACAACCCACUUGUGCGCGCGCUUGCAUUACGGACCAUUUCAUAUGUACAUGUUCGCGAGUUCGUUGAAGCAACCUUCCAGCCCCUCAAACGCCUAAUGCAAGACAACGACCCUUAUGUCCGCAAGACGGCCGCUUUCUGUGUCGCCAAGCUUUAUGAACACGAUAAGAAGAUGGUGGAGAAUUCAGAUCUGAUCGAUCGACUCAAUCGCAUGUUGAAGGAUGAGAAUCCGACUGUUGUAUCCAGCGUUUUGGCUUCGCUGGUGGACAUCUGGGGCCGGAGCGAGUCGAUCUCUCUCACUAUCGACUAUGUCAGCGCCUCAAAACUGGUAUCCAUUUUGGCAGACUGCUCCGAAUGGGGUCAAACUUACAUUCUUGAAGCAUUAAUGGCAUACGUGCCCCAAGAUGCCGCGGAGGCGCUUCUGUUAGCAGAGCGAAUUGCUCCACGUCUCUCUCACCAAAAUUCUGCCGUCGUUCUCACCUCAUGCCGAGUCAUUCUUUACCUCAUGAACUACAUCUCUGGUGAAAAGCAUAUCACCUCCUUAUGCAAAAAACUAUCCCCACCUCUCGUUACAUUGCUUUCAAAGCCGCCAGAGGUUCAAUAUCUGGCCCUGCGAAAUGCUAUCUUAAUUCUUCAGAAGAGACCCGAAGUAUUGCGGAAUGAUAUUCGCGUGUUCUUCUGUAACUACAACGACCCAAUUUACGUCAAAGUGACCAAGUUGGAAUUGAUGUUCAUGCUCACCACGAAAGACAACAUUGGCGUGGUCUUAGCAGAGCUCCGCGAAUAUGCCACUGAAAUUGACGUACACUUUGUUCGCAAGGCUGUUCGGGCCAUUGGCAAAUUAGCGAUUAAGAUCGAGUCUUCUGCGAAACAGUGUAUCGACACACUAUUGGAGCUGGUCGACGCCAAGAUCCCAUACAUUGUCCAGGAGGCUACUGUGGUUAUUCGCAACAUCUUCCGCAAAUACCCCAACCAGUACGAGAGCAUAAUCAGCCACGUUCUCCGUAACAUCGACGACCUCGACGAACCCGAGGCGAAGGCAGCCGUCAUCUGGAUUAUUGGCCAGUAUGCGGACCGCAUUGAUAAUUCCGAUGGUCUGCUUCAGGAUUAUCUGGCCACCUUCCACGACGAAACGGUCGAAGUGCAGCUGGCCCUGCUUACGGCUACCGUCAAACUAUUUAUCCAACGGCCUACCAAGGGCCAGCAGCUUGUCCCGCAGGUACUAAAAUGGUGCACUGAGGAAACAGAUGACCCAGAUCUCCGUGACCGUGGUUACAUGUACUGGCGGCUACUAUCCACAGACCCAGCAACCGCCAAGCAGGUCGUCAUGGGCCAAAAGCCCCCGAUCACAGCUGAGAGCGAGAAGUUGGAUCCCCGCACUCUGGAGGAACUCUGUCUGAACGUCGGCACUCUCGCCACCGUCUACCUCAAGCCCAUCCACCAAGUCUUCCGCUCGGCCCGCCCUCGCCGCCUCCUACCCAGCCCAGCCUUGCAGCGUUCCCGCCCAGAGGACGGCACAGGCAAUAUGCUGGACUACAACCCUCCCACCGCAAACAUGGCCUCCGCAUCAACCAGUAACAGCGGCCUUGCCACAAUCACCACGACCGGUGACCCCGUCACCCCAGUCAACGCUCCUCCCCUCCUAACCUCCCUCUUCCCGUCGCCAACCCUGUGGGAGCCGCAGGUCCCAGCGGCCGAUGCAGCAGACGCCUACUUCAGUGGUAUUGGGUCUCAGCAAAUGGCUUCACUGGAUCUCGGUGGUGGUGGUGCGCCUCAAUCGCAGUAUGUCGUGACUCAGAACCAGCAGCAGGUUUAUCAGCCACAUUUGGCUGGUGGCGCUGCUACGGGUGAGCUCUUAUUGUUAUAA